AUGCAGAUCUUUGUGAAGACCGUCACCGGGGAGACUCUCACGCUCGAGGUCGAGAGCAGCGACACAGUCGGCAGCGUCGAGAGCAGCGACACAGUCGGCAGCGUCAAGACCAAGAUCCAGGUCAAAGGAGGAAUCAUCACCGCCUCCAACUCCAACGACGACCGGCAUCAGGUACCGUCUCUCGUCUUCGGCGGGAAGCAGCUAGAGGAGGAGGACGGCCGAACCCUAGCCGACUGCGGCAUCUGCAAGGAGUCGACGCUGCACCUCGCGCUCGGCCUCCGCGGUGGGAUGCAGAUAUUCGUGAAGACGGUCACCGGGGAGACUCUCACGCUCGAGGUAGAGAGCAGCGACACGGUCGACAGCAUCAAGGCCCAGAUCCAGGAGAAGGAAGGAAUCAUCAUCCAGCUACCGUCUCUCGUCUUCGCCGGGAAGCAGCUAGAUGAGGAGGAGGGCCGAACCCUGGCCGACUACGGCAUCUGCAAGGGAUCGACGCUGCACCUCGCGCUCGGCCUCCGCGGCGGCUUCCGGGGCGGCUACGCACCCACGACGAUGCAGAUCUUCGUGAAGACCGUCACCGGGGAGACUCUCACUCUCGAGGUCGAGAGCAGCGACACUAUCGACAGCGUCAAGGCCCAGAUCCAGGAGAAGGAAGGAAUCAGCAAUCAUCAACCGUCUCUCGUCUUUGCCGGGAAGCAGCUAGAGGAGGAGGACGGCCGGACCCUGGCCGACUACGGCAUCAGCAAGGAGUCGACGCUGCACCUCGCGCUUGGCCUCCGCGGCGGCCAUCGGGGCGGCCAAUGCUGGUUCAUCGAGCCCAGCCUCCGAGAGCUCGCGAUGAGCCACAACGAGAAGAAGAUGAUCUGCCGCAAGUGCUAUGCGCGCCUUCCUCUCAGGUCUACCAACUGCCGCAAGAAGAAGUGCGGCCGCAGCAGCGACCUAAGGAAGAAGAAACCGUUUCGAAAAUGGUGA